UUCCAGAAACUGCACGAAAUGUGCAAAUGGUACUAUAUUGUAAUAUUAUUCUAUUUAGUGCCACGAGGGCGCUGUCUUAAUAACUAUGAGUCCGAGGAUAAUAAGUUAUUUACGAAGUUCUUUAAUCAAAUCGACAUUCAGUUGUUAAAACUAGAAGCCAAGCACAUGUCCCUCUUCAUUCAUCAGCAGUCAUGUACCAAUGGCUCGAUUCAAGUAGAAGAGUCGGCCAAAACUGUAAGUCAAAGCUUGAACAAACUGGGUUAUGGGUCUUCUAUACUACAGAGCACAAAAGAGCAGUUCAAGCUUUUGGAGCAACUGCUGAGAACCGAUUGUCCAAAUGAAAUUUAUCAUCAUUUUCAAACGAUCCGCUCGUAUAACCCACAUUCUCAUUUUGCCUACAUACCUGAUCGACCUGCGGUGCCGAUACGUCCUCCUUCCCGUCCUCGUCCUGCUCCUCCUCCUCCUCCUCCUCCUCCUCGUCCCCGUCCUGCUGCUCCUCCUCCUCCUCCUCGUCCCCGUCCAACUAAACGUCCUACACCGGCUAAGACCACAAAGAAUCCUUGUGAGCUACAAGACGGACAUCGCGUAGUAAUUCCAGAGUUCGAAUUGCCACCAGGAUACGAACUCGUUGAAAUUGAAGUACAUUCUUUGUGUCCCAAUGGAAAGCAUUAAAAUAUUAUUUAUAAUUAAAUUUCGCCUUUAAAAUGUGCAAGCACUUUAAAAUACUUCCUUAAAGCUAUAAAGAAAUAUCAAAAAAGAAAAUGAUUCUUACUAAACCAAGCAUAAUA